CGAUUCCAAGCUAUUGUUUCGUGUGCACUCAAGCAAAUUCGGGAAGUGUCUAUUCACCUUGAGUCUUAAACUGUCUCUAAACUCGAUCAAUACAUUAAAAUAGCCGUUUUUGUUAUACCUGCCCGUCAACUGAAAUCCCAAAUUUAUGCCAUUGCAAAUAAAUUAGAAUACGUGUAUUUCCGCAUAAACAAAACGAUUAUAUCUUGUGGUGUUUAUACUGUAUCUGCACAGACGUCACAGGGGUCUUCGCGGUCAGGUAAACAAGUACUGUAGUAGGCAUGGUUGCGUGUCUGUAUAAACGGUGGCGUGAGGUCUCAAAUUAUGAUACAUAUUAAAUGCCUUGCUCCAAGAAGUGUUUGAAAUAUUCGCAGUUGAGUUCUUGCUCAGUUCGUUUCAAGUCUUGAGUCCAACAUGAGUGCUGAAUACCGAAAUCCCACCGAAGUCGAAGUGAACAAGAUCAUAUCCGCAGAAAAUGUGCAACAACGAAACCAAGCAUUGUUAGCCGGCGAUCUUUUGAAAGCCAUGGACAUAACCGCAUGUCUGGCUGCAGAAAAACACGCCAAGCUUCCUUGUGUGACGCUGAUGAUGGAUGAUUUGGUCGUUAACGAAAACCUGUUACACGGACAAGUGCUGAAUGUGAAAGCGAAGCUGACCAGAGCCUUUGGUUCGAGCAUGGAAGUGGUUGUCGAAGCAUCAAUCGAAGACAUGUUCAAACAUGAACGUGUCCAAAUUUGCAAGGCUUAUUUCGUGUUUGUUGCAUUGGCGAAGGUGGGAAAAGCGAAGCUAACUCAUUUGGAUCCUGUAACUAUGGAUGAAAGACUCGAAUAUGCGUUGGCAUACGAAAGGCGGAAGCUACGUUAUGCGGCGAGAAACGCAGCCAAAGCGAAGUCUGCGAAUAAGGGAAGUAGCUCAGAUACUCCCAUAGUUCAAAGUGAUGGUCAGGCCAGUCAAACUGGAUCUCCUGAAGUGCCGAUGUCGCUUACUGUCGUCGAAAGCGUUGAGUUGGUCCUACCUAGCCAGGCCAACCACCAUCAAACUACAUUUGGUGGACAGAUCAUGGCAUGGUUAGUCUCGACAUGUACCAUCGCUGCCAGUAGACUGUGCCAGACUCGACCAUCAAUCAUCGAAGUGACUGGUGUUCAUUUCUUAGCGAAGUCCACUGUUGGUGAUCGCUUGGUGUUCAAAGCGAUGGUGAAUAAAACAUUUGAUGAUAAUUCUUUCGAAGUUGGGUGCAGAGUCGAGUCUAGUACCUUGGAAGGUAAGACAGCGCACAUUAACAGCGCUUAUCUUACUUUUGCCGUGUUCGACCAGAACAAACAACGUCAGCAAGUCCCCGUUGUCAAGGCAACCACAUCCGAGCAAGUACGACAACAAGCCAACGCGGUCGGGCGUCGGAAUGCAGAAGUCCAGAAGGACAAAAUCCUUGGUGCUAUCGGUCCUGCUUUGUCAGUUUUGUGGACGGCGAAAAUCAGUGAUGUGCUAGCCUUUCAUAAUGUCUCUGCUUUCAAGAAAUUAUGUCACCUGGACACGUGGCAGGAAAUUUCCAAAGAAGAUGGAUGCGUGCUGUCCACGUGCAAGCAAGAUGAAUUAACGUGCGUCAAAUUGGAAGCAACCAUUGCGAAGCCCGCUGUGGAUGUUUUCAAAGCUGUCCAGUUAAUAACCCGGGCAUCGUGGGAUCCCAUUAUUACCAAAUCAGAUGUCGUGCGUAAAGUUGAUGAUGACGACAGCAUUGUUCAUAUUGUCAUGGCAACAAACCCUCCCGGGCAAUCCUCCCCGGACAAAAGCCCCACAAAACCGAGCGAUCUGUUACUCCUGGAAUCUACUCGUCCUGCAGUCGGGAAUGAUGGUCACGUGAUUGCAUACCGCUCUAUUACCAUGAAGUCGUAUCCGGUAUCUGACCAAUACGAGCGAAAAGAGAAUCUCACCUCGGGCUUCAUGAUUGGUCAGUCUGCGAGCGAUCCUAACCAAUCAACAUUGAUUUACAUCAACCAAAUAACGAAGCAGGUGGCAGAAUUCUUGUUCAAAGAUCUCAAAGGAGGAUCAAAAGUGUACGCUGAACGCAUCAAGAAACUACGUGAAUAUUUGAAGGUUCAAAUUGUAACUUUCCCUGACAUACCAACCGUGGAGGAUAUUCUCUCAAGCACUUCAAGCAUAGUCAAAGUUGAAACAAUAUUAUCGACAGACAGUUGAUGUUAAAAGUACAUGCCUAAUUGUAGUCCUUGUACACACGUAAAAAUCUCACAACUUGUCAACAAGAUGUGUUCGCAACAGUCUUGUAGCAAGCUUGUCAACAGGUUGUAACAAUGCUGUUAUUUUAUCCAGUUGUUGUCUCUCACAACUUGUUGACAAAUGUUGAAUUGCAGGACGAUGACAAGUUGUUGGAACAACUUGUAACAAGUCUGUUGAGUUCAACAACCUUGUAGCAAGUUGUCAACAAUCCGUUGACAACUUGUCAACAAGCUGGUAACAAGCAGUGCGAACACAUCCUGUUGACAAGUUGUUGGAACAGCAUUGCUAUAAGUCUGCUGCAGGUUUGUUACAACUUGUGUAUUUUUACGUGUGUUGUGUUCAAGCUAACGUGUAUAAGCUAUUACAUCAUUAAUUAUUAUUAUUACAUUAUUAUUCAGCUCACUAUAUAAGUAAUAACAUAUGCUCUGUCUAGCGCUGUAGCUAGUGAUAACAGCAGAAAGCUUCAGAGUGAGAGGAAUUCAACUACCUGACCGCCGACGCCGCGGAGGUAAAAUGCCCUGGGUACGAGGUUGCUACCUGACCCUGCGCUCCUUCGCCCAGCGGCUACGCUCGUGUUCCAAGAUCCGCCAUGUAAAGUGUAGUGAAAUGUAUCUCAUCGACGUCAUCGUAAUAUUAAAUCCUAAGAAAACUAAAGCCUCUGCGGAGGAGAGAGACUACCUGAUGUAACUUGUAUUUUUCAUGUAGCUGAUUCCCUUUCAAUCCACAACAUUGACAUAUACCCAUUAGAAAAUAAUAACAUUAUAAUUAAACCAUUUAAAAACGUCAUACUAUAGAAGAAAAAUGUUUUGCAAACUAAUAUUACAGUAUAAACUUGAACUGUCUGUGCCAGUGUAGGUAGUGCCAAUCAAAUGAACAAGCUUUCGUUGCUAGGG